AUGCCCAUAAUCCCUGUCCUAACCGAUCACAAGGGCUGGAAUCAAAUGGAGACCAUAAAGUUGUCGGAACUGUUGACUUCGUCCCAUGUGUUCAGUUACCCGAUGGCCGACACCCGACAUAUCAUUAGAGAUAAAAUUGAAUUUUUCCGUGUAUUGUCUCAAUACACGGAGAAUAGUAUAUCGGAUGUGGUCAAAUUCACCAAGGGCCUUAAUGGCUUUACAAACAUCUCGGCCGCCGAUCAAUACACCCUGAUUAAGCAUGGUUGUUUUGAGUUGUUGGCCCUGCGCUAUCUGGUUUAUUACGAUCACCGUAAUGAUUGUUUUAACUUUCCAUAUAUCCAAAGGAUUACUGAGUUGUCGGUGGCGUCCGAUGUAUACAACUAUCCAUUGGCUGAACAUAUAAUUGAAAUACGAGAUGAAACUGAAUUAUUCCGUAUAAUUAAAGCCAAAUCCGAGCACUUUAUUAGGGAUACCAUUAAAUUCACUAAAAGUUUGCUAUCGUUUGCCAACACCUGUCCCGACGACCAGUACGUGCUGUUCAAGUCCGGGGUCUUUGAAGUGAUUUAUAUGCAAUACUUAGACAAUUACGAUAAGGACAGGGAAUUAUUUCACAUUCAUCUAGACAAUGAGCAUUCAAUGUUGAUUACACUGCAGUCAUAUAAGGAGACGGACUUUAAUUAUUAUAAUUCGUUUAAGCGAUUCUUGGAUGCAAUGAUUCCCGAAUUACACAGCGAUCCGGUUAUUAUGAAUUUGAAUCUUACAAUUAUUCCCGUAUAUAAAGAACUCACAGAUUAUAAGGGAUUCCAUGAAAUGGAGAGCAGAAGAAUCGGUGAACUGAUGGCAGCGGUUAUUGUCUUUAAUUAUCCAUUGACUGAAAACGUGGUAAAAAUUCACGAUAAAAGUGAGUUCUACUGCAUAUCCAAAACAAUGACCGACAAUCACAUCAGGGAUACCACUGUAUUUGCCACCGGUUUGGUAUCCUUUGCCAACACCUGUACCGACGAUCAGAUAUUAUUGUUAAAACUCAAACAACAACUGUAUAUAUAUUUACUGCAAAGAUAUCUACUAUUGAAAUACCGGUCGGAAUCGGAGUCACAAAUAAAACUGCAAAAACUAAUGUUAUUAUUGAAUGAUUUAAACGAAACAAUGAAAGUCCAUAAGUCUGUAGCCGUGGAAGAGAUCAAGGAUUACAUCCAAUAUUGCGGUCCACUUCUCAAAGAGGUUUACGACUUAUCAGACACUAGGGAACAGUUAGAUUUGGAUAAACUAGAUGUUUGCUGA